CGACAGCAACUUUUUGCCGGGCGCGACGCGGACGUCCGCAGCCAUUCCAUCACGGUCCCAUGCGAACUCAUGCGACCAUGCGUCCGUACCGCGAGCAGCCUACUGCGAAGUUGGCAGGGCCGCGCCGUGCGCCCCAAUUGCACCGGCCUUGAGCGCGUCCGCCCGCUGGCACGCAGCUACGCGCAGGCAUUCCGCGCGCAAUCCGAGCUCGAGAAACGCAUCGCCGACAUCCCCAUCGAGCGCUACCGCAACUUCUGCAUCGUGGCCCACGUCGACCAUGGCAAGAGCACGCUGUCGGACCGCCUGCUCGAGCUGACGGGCACCAUCCAGCCCGGCGGCAACAAGCAGUUCCUCGACCGCCUGGAUGUCGAGCGCGAGCGCGGCAUCACCGUCAAGGCGCAGACGUGCACCAUGAUCUACCAGCACGAGGGCGAGGACUAUCUCCUGCACCUGGUCGACACGCCCGGCCACGUCGACUUCCGCGCCGAGGUGGCCAGGAGCUAUGCCAGCUGCGGCGGCGCCCUCAUCCUCGUCGACGCCAGCCAGGGCGUGCAGGCGCAGACGGUCGCAAACUUCUACCUCGCCUUCUCGCAGGGGCUGACCCUGGUGCCCGUGCUGAACAAGGUCGACCUCCCGCACGCCGACCCGCCGCGGGUGCUGGAGCAGAUGCGCGAGACCUUCGAGCUCGACCCGGAAGCCGCAGUCCUCGUCUCGGCCAAGACGGGAAAGAACGUGCAGGCAUUGCUCCCUCAGGUCGUCAAGCACAUCCCGGCGCCGGUGGGCGACGUGCACGGGCACCUCCGCCUGCUGCUCGUCGACUCGUGGUACGACGUGUACAAGGGCGUCAUCCUGCUGGUGCGAGUCUUUGACGGGCAGGUGCGCCCGGGCGACACGAUACGCUCCUUCGCCACGGGGCUGAAGUACAUCGUGGGAGAGGUCGGCAUCAUGUACCCCGACCAGACCCCGCAGACGGUGCUGCGGGCCGGACAAGUCGGCUACAUCUACUUCAAUCCGGGUAUGAAGCGCUCGCAGGAAGCAAAGGUCGGCGACACGUACACCAUCCAGGGCUGCGAGAAGCUCGUGCAGCCUCUGCCGGGCUUCGAGGAGCCUAAGAGCAUGGUCUUCGUGGCCGCCUUCCCGACGGACCAGGACAAGCACGAGUUUCUCGAGGACAGCAUCAACCAAAUCAUCCUCAACGACCGCAGCGUCACCUUGCAGAAGGAGUCAUCCGACGCCCUCGGGGCUGGCUGGCGUCUCGGCUUCCUCGGCACAUUGCACUGCUCCGUCUUUGAGGACCGUUUACGCCAGGAGCAUGGCGCGAAUAUCAUCAUCACGCCGCCAUCCGUCCCCUUCAAAGUUGUUUACAGGGAUGGCAAAGAAGUUAUCGUCACGAACCCCAACGACUUCCCCGACCAAGACCAAGCCCAUCUCAAGGUCCAGGAAGUGCACGAGCCCUACGUCCUCACCACCAUCACCCUACCCGAAGAGUAUCUCGGCGAGGUUAUCAAGCUCUGCGAAGCCAACCGCGGCGAGCAGAAGGAACUCACCUUCUUUACCGCCACACAGGUCAUUCUGAAAUACGAUCUGCCCCUCUCGCACCUUGUCGACGACUUCUUCGGCAAACUGAAAGGUGCAACUAAAGGCUACGCGUCCCUCGACUACGAAGACUCGGGUUACCACCGCUCCUCCAUAGUCAAGCUCAACCUCCUCGUCAACGGCGCCCCCGUCGAUGCUGUCUCCCGCGUCCUGCACACCAGCCAGGUCGACCGCGUGGGCCGCACCUGGGUCGAGAAGUUCAAGGAGCACGUCGACCGCCAGAUGUUCGAGGUCGUGAUUCAAGCCGCCGUCGGCAAGCGCAUCGUCGCCCGUGCGACCAUCAAGCCCUUCCGCAAGGACGUUCUAGCCAAGCUGCAUGCGAGUGAUAUCAGUCGCAGGAGGAAGCUGCUCGAGAAGCAGAAGGAGGGCCGCAAGAAGCUGCGGGCCGUUGGUAGUGUCGUCAUCGAGCAGGAAGCGUUCCAGAAAUUUUUGUCAAAGUAACCAAU